CAUUUUUUGUUUCUAAUUUCUACUAAGACAUUGAUAAUUUAAAAAUGUUGUAGUGAGAAACACAUGUAUGAUGUAUGAUCUAUACCGGAACAGCAAGAUAAGAAUUCAUUUCCCAUGGAACAUGCUUUCUGGACUGUUACCCUUGUGAUUUGGUUCAGCAUGUCGGUACCUAUUCAGUGCAAAUCGUGUUAUUGUAUAAUUUUCAUAAUACUACUACACAAAAGAUUAUACUCGCAGUUUAGUACUGCCUGUCCGGUCUCCGUUUCGACUGAAGGGGACCUGGACCGAUUGAUCCGCAAAGCGGAAGAACAAACGCAAAAUGGAGUAAUUGUCCUGCCCGUUUUCCAAUGGCAUACAUCACAAACCAGUGAAAUCGAAAAUGUAGUGCGGAUACCUACAGGCAUGACCGCCACGUUUGCAUGUCCUACGAAUAUGGCAGCUGAUACCGCAAAAACGAUAGUCUGGCGCCACCAAAAUCGAACAAUUGCUGCUAAUAACGACGAGACUGCGAGCACCAGUACAUUCUUUUACAAUCGAAAAGAUCGUGCCGAAUUCAGUUAUUUUUUCAUUCAUAACGUGACAUAUAGCGCACUGGGUAGUGUUCAAUGCCUGCAUCGAUAUAACCGAAGUGAUGACCUUUUCCUUAUUAAGCGCUUUGAGCUCCGACCGAAGCUGCAAUCGGUGGAAGAGGUUUUCCCCGAGGUUAUGCUCAACGUAACGAGUACGCAGUCCAAGAAUGUGUCGGUAUCGUGCACGGCAAAUGUUGACUGUCGAUGCACCAAAGGACCAUACUUUUUAAUCAAAUAUGAUAGGAUCUUCGCAGUCAAACCACGAGACCUGUCGCCUGGCACACUCCGACCAUCAAGACUGUUAAGCUAUCCGCCUGAUGUAAGCCAUUAUAAAUGGUUUUACAACUGUAGAACUAUGAUAGAAAGGGAUACUAUCCCUUGCACGGCUACACUGUUCGUCUUUCUGUCUAAACAUUCUCAGCAUCGCUCAGUACCGGUAGAAUGUUGGGCUCAACCAGAUGUCAACUCCAAUGUGUGGUUCGUGCAGAAAGCUUAUGUCAAUUUUGUGUAAAGUUAUUUUAUAAGGGGAACUGUCAAAUGCUUAUAAUUUCUUGUUUGUUCUGUCCAAAGUUUACUGGGAUGCCGGUUGUGACACAGAUCUUUUCCUUCCGAUCAUUUCUUGUAUAGCCUGAUGCUUGGCAACUGAUGACUUGCUUAUUAUGAGGAGCCAAGAAAAAUGCAUUUAAAACCGCGCUUUGUAUCCACGGCGUCAGGAUUAAAAUUAAAAAGUGAACACUGAAGCUUAAGAGAAGCUUAAGAAGCAGCUAUACGCAUAAUACGAUGAGGACUUCAGUUUCUAAUUCGUACAUGGAAGAUGUUUUCUGGACUGUCGCGCUUAAUUUCAGCAGUCUGGUAGAUAUUCAUUGCAAAACGCGCUACUGUUUGAUUUUAAUAUUAUUAUACAAGGGGUUAUAUUCACAGUUAUGUGCUGCCUGUGGUCCGGUUCCCCCAACAAACGAAGGUGACCUGGACCGAUUGGUCCGCAAAGCGGAAGACGAAGUGCAAAAUGGAGCAAUUAUUUUGCCUGCGUUUCAAUGGCCUAGAUCCCACAAAAAUGAGAUGAAAAACGUAAUACGGACGCUUACAGGCAUGACAGCUACCUUUGCAUGUCCUACGAACAUGUUGACUGACACGGUCUGGCGACACCAAAACCGAACGAUUGCUGCCGAUAACGAGGAAACUUCCAAAACCAGGACAUUCUUCUACACACGAAAAGAUCGUGGAGAAUUCAGUUAUUUUUUCAUUCAUAACGUGACCUAUAGCGCACUGGGUGGUGUCCAAUGCCUACAUCGUUUUAACGGAAGUGAGGAUCUUUUCCUUAUUAAGCACUUUGAACUCCUGCCUAAACUGCACUCAGCUGAAGAAGUUUUUCCCACUGUUAUGCUCAACGUAACCAGUAAACAGGCCAGGAAUGUCUCGGUGACAUGCACAGCAAAUGUCGACUGCCGAUGCACCAAAGGGCCCCAUUUGUUAUUUAAGUUUGACAGGCUCUUCGCAGUCGGACCGCGCGACUUGACUUCCGGUAGAGUCCGACCAUCUAGACUGCGACGUCGUCCGCCUGAUGUAAGCAAGUACGAAGCGUUCCACAACUGUAGAGAUAUGCCAGAAAGGGAUACUGCGCCUUGUUCCGCUACGUUGUUCCUUAUUCUGUCUGCACAUCCGCAACAUCGCUCGGUACCGGUAGAAUGUUGGGCUCAACCUGAUGGCAACUCCGAUGAGUGGUUCGUGCAAAAAGCUCGUGUUAAGUUUUCGUAGUCGUCAGUCCUCUAUUAAUUUGUAUACAGAUGGAGUCUUUCAGUUAUUAUCAGUAGCGGUGUAACACAAAAGGCUAUAUAGGCCAUUUUUGUCACUUUUUUACAAAGCCUCCACGUUAAUUGAGCUGCUUGUCUAGCGAAAUUUUACACCAGUUAACAGAUGUAUUGUAUGGAAGCUAUAGCAAUUCAGACAGAGGUACAAAAAAUUUGACAUGCAUAUAAACUGUGGCAAAUUGUAAAAGUUCAAGAGAAGUACUUUUAUCUGUAGCGCCUGUCACGCGCUUUCACGCGGCGCUUACUUUUUUACCUCGGACGUAAGUUCUCAAGCUAUCCAAUUUUAAAGCUCUCACAAACCGUACUAUAUCUCAUCUUAUACGCAAAACUGUCAAAAGAUCAUAAUUUCUUGUGCGUUUUGC